CAUUAUGGGGGGUGUUGCCCAGUCUUUAGUACCUUCCCUAUCACUAUCCUGCUCUUUACGCGUCAGCAGUCAUGUCAUUAUGAGAUCCACCAUCUCUGCCUCAAUUACAGCAGUUAUAACAUCCCCGGCUGCCCCUCUCAUACCGAUGUAUCCACGUUACGAAUUUCACGACAUAUAGCGGGGCGCAAUAAACGGAUAGAACAUUACACCCCGUUCUCUCGGUAGUGCCAUUAAAUUUGGCGAAAGCUCAAUUUUAAGCGAUGUAAAGUAAUUCCCUUUCCUCCGGUGAGCUUUGGCUCGCUAUAAAACUCCCAUCGCCGGUCCUACGGGGAAUCCUGGAGCAUCGUGCACCAGGUGCGGUAGGGCUGCCCGGCUCACGGAUCCAUCCCCUCCCGCCAAAAUGGCCUGCCCACAAUCUGGAUGGUAAUUGGCAAAUGAAGUGCUCAUCACCGAUGGCGAUGCGCGGUAAAGAAAUAAUGUGGUUUCACCGCCCCGUAGCCGUGGAUCAACAUGCAAUCACUCGGGGAUUUGGCCGGGGACCCGCCGCUGCCUUCACCAGUACGGCAUCCAGACAAGAACAACACUGAGAGGCUGGGAUAGAGUAGAGUUGAGGGCGCCCCUACCCUCGAUGAAGGACCAUGGAUUUGAGAAUGUUUCCAGGGGGUAGUCCGCCUGCUGCAACAGCCGCUUUCCUUCAGAUGCUGCUUGCAGGGCUGUUCUUUCUCGCAGACUCACACCCCAGCAGCCAGCAGAAUCCAGUGGAAAGUGCGUUGAACUUGACGACUGUAGGAACGUCGAGUAAGCAAGCCUUCUUCGCGACGUUAGUCCAAAGGCAGGUACCGAUCGCACAGACAAUGUACGACAAACACAAGCUGCGUAGGUUCGUCCGUAGGUUUGUUCACAGCGAAUCCGAGCAGCAAGACAGCUCUUGGAGCUUGCUCAUGGACGAAGUCGUUCCGGAUAAGGAAGGGCCAGUUCCUUGGGAGGAACUCACGGUUAACAUGGAAAACUUUCUUCACGUAGUCAGCUGCCAAAUGGAUGUAGCAUGUAACCUAGGAACCCCUCAUACAAUGUGCCAGUGCGAACGUAACAUGCAGAUCGGAUCCAACUGUAUCCUCCCCAAAGCUAGGAUCACCCACAAGUCGUCUACAGACAGGGGUGUCGUCACCAGUUUCUGUGUGGGCGUGGCACUUCCGCCCAUGAUGGACGGACGGAGCAAGUACGACAUGCAGACGCGCUGCAAGUUCUGGGGACGAGAUGACGUGCAGUACAGGGUGCACGUGACCAAACGGCUGGAAACGUCCAAUCACUCGCCUUUCGAGAGGAAGGUCAAGUACACGGCUUGUUUAAAACCGGAAUAAGACGCCAAUGAUUAUCCACUAAUCAAGGACGUUUAUAUUACGUCCUUGCAAAAACCAUGGAGUGUUCUGUACUCUUAUAUACCAAGGCUCUCCACUGAAUGCCGGUGAAAACAAAAGAACAAACAAGAUGGCUGACGAUUAGUACAAUGCUGUGGUGUUCAAAGACUUGAAACAUCGGACCAAUCGUUCUUGGAGUAGACGGUCAGGUAACGCUAGUUCACCUUUAUCUACGGGGUAACCUAUAUCCGUUGUAUUUAAAAACAGGGUACUUAUUAGGGAUAUAAAGUGAACGACCGUGCAGUAUUGCAGUUUGAAACCACCGUCAGUUAACUUGAUAUCCCGAAAUACCCGCUUUUGAGAACAACGGAUAUAGGUUACCCCGCGGAUAAACGUGAACUAGCGUUACAAAUGGAUGCCCAGACGGGUGUCUGGACAGACGAAGAGUGUCUAGAAGAGGGAUCUAGACUGUAUUCUAGACGGGGAUAAAUGGGAUAUAAGUGAAAAGUUGAAAGUGGUGUGUACUAUUCUUCUUAUAACCUUUCCCACGUUACAGGUGCGAAAAAAUGCAGUGGGCACUGAACUGUACAAGGCCAAUGCAUCCGAAGACAACUUCUUUCCGAGAUUUAUCCGCCAUAAAACAGGCUAGGAUAUAUCAUGUACCCUUUGUAAAAAAAAUCAAACCGUUCAUGUGGGAAGGAUGGAUUAUGGAGAGUACGAGUUCGAUGUGUCAAAUAAUUCCCAAAAAGGAACAUUUAUGGAAAAGUUCAAUUUCGGCCAAACAAUGUGGUUACAGAAAAUGUUGGUAAGUUUUGUAAAUUUACAGGUACCUUGCGGCACAGGUAAUGAACAAUAUCUAAAAUUGAUAACCUUUGAUGUGUACGAGAUAAUAAUGUGUUAGAGGCAUAGAACAAGGUUAUUGGGGUGUUUUCCAAAACUUCAACUUUAGAGCACCGAAAAUUGUCCAUUUAUCUUCCUGAAAGCUUUAUAAGCGUUUGGUGAAGAAGUUAAUAUAAAACAUUUAAACCACAUGAAUAAUUGUUGAUAACAAUACGGUAUUCCAACUCAAUAAAAAGAAAAGAAAAGCCACAUUCUCGACAAUAGCCUUCUUCAGAUUCGACUGACCAGUCACUUCUCGUGACCUUGUGAG